CUUAUGAAUUCAUCAAACUAUAAUGAGAAAUCUCUUUGAAAUGAAUAUAAGGAUUUGAUUGUAGUGGUUGAAAAGUAGAAGUACCAAUUUGUGAGCAUACUUUUACCGACCUCUUGUUAGUCGUUAUCUAGCCAUCUCUCUAAACUCCGCUCCGUUACAGGCCGCAAGCAAAACUUUCCUCAAGUUUAUCAGACAGCCAUAUCGAAAGUCGAUCAGUCGCCAGAAUCCGGGCCGGAGACGCUAAACUGAGAAUACAUUCCUCGUUGCCGGAGACGCUGGACUGAAUUCGCUCGCGCGCGCGCGCGAGAACUCGUUCUUCCUAACUGCUCCUUUCGAAGCCCUAAUUCCAAACGUGGGGAAAAGAAGCAUGGGCGAAGCGUUGGGUGAGGGGAAGGACAAUCGAGUCCUUCAGUUCUCUUCCAAUGCCGGCGACAGUGCGAUUGAAUCCGCGGCUCAGCGAGCAGUGCUCCGUGAACAAGAAAUCGAGGCACAGAGAGUCAUUCAAGCUCAUCAAAGAGAUUCAGGAGCUGCAAGUCAAGAAGCCUCCAAGGAUGGUGCUGAUUUAUUUGCUCAACGACUUGAUCCCAACGCUAUAAAAGAGCACUUGUUGAAGAUGACGACUGACCAUCGCUCUGAAAUGGCUUCAAAGCAUGGGAAGCCUACAGUUCCUGAACAAGGUCGCAUGGAAAUUGGGAAUGGGUAUGGUGUGCCUGGUGGAGGGGCAUAUUAUGGUUCUUCAAGGCCGUUACCUGAUAAGGAAACGAACCAGGAAUCUGCUACUAAGGAGCUACCCGAUUAUCUCAAGCAAAAGUUGAUGGCAAGGGGUAUUCUGAAAGACAACAGAGAGAGGACAGGAAUUGGGAACAAAUAAACCAAUAGUAUGUACCUCCAUUCGUGGUUUCUAUUACUGAAUUUUUGUUUGUGGCCAAAAUUAUGGGUAACACUUAUGAACCAGCCUGGUUAUGCUGAAAGCGUUGAUUAGCAAUUUCUGAACUUCGCAUAUCGUAAAAUGUAUCCCAAGAUGACAGUUUUCGGGUUUCGUUUGCUGAUGUUGCUUGAAUAGUACUUCUGAUCCAUCAUUUCCAUUUUCUUAGCAUCUAAUGUAGCAGUUUGCCUUUUCAGGAGUCGAGAACGGUUUCGUCACAGCAUGUUCAGUUGAAUAAGCUGCUUCCUGGAUGGGUGAGUAACUAUUACUACUUUUGCACUAACUCAAGAACAUCAGUGAUCAGUUGUUUUGAUUCGUAAAUUACCUGCAUAGGCUUGGGUAUUUCUGAUUGUAAAAUCUUGAAAGAGGAAUAAAAUGAUAGAAGCAGCGAAAUCAGAUUUGGUUGGAUGAGUUUUGAUCUAGGCAAAUAAUGCGUUCUUUUGCUUGACUUAUUUGGUAUCUGUAAAGCAAAUGACUACUUAUGACUGAUGUCGCAUUCUCCAACCCCCUUACAAAUGUGGUUAUGAUGGCGUGUAAUCUGUUAUUGGAAAUGAACAAUUUCAAAUGGUAUGAUGUGUACCAGUUGAUGGACGGAAAUUGGUAGUUUUGCAUGCUGCUGAAUCCUAUUAUUUCUGUCUAGGCAGAAGCAAAAGAUCCCACAACAGGUGCUCCUUAUUACUAUAAUGAAAGCACUGGGGUGACUCAAUGGGAGAGGCCUCUCGAAACUCCUCCGACCAAGCAGGUCCCUUUACCUUUGGCUCUUCCUGGAAAUUGGGUGGAGGCUGUGGAUGAAACCACAGGUAUGCAUUAAAACUGGAGAACGUAGCUGGAAGUUGUGCAUGUGGAGGAAAUUGCUUGUGACUUCUUGCUUUGCUCUUUGAAUUUCAAGGUUGGUUAAUUUAUGAGAUUACUUGUAAUAAGAAGUCAUUGAAUUAUGAUGAUCGUGUGGACCAAGUGGUUGAGGUGGCCAGAUUCUGCUCCUUUUUCGUCUGAUUCUUACCUUCUUUUUGUGCUUGUAUCUGCGUAACUACUGCUCUACAAAUCAGCUGACAUGAUUUAAUGUUUUGCACUUUUGCUCUAAAGAUUUUUGUUAUGUUAAUAUGCCUGAUGAACAUGUAUUUGGAUCUGCAAUAGUUUGCGAAUAAUGUAUAAAAGUGCCACUAUAAA